AUGCCGCCACCACCACAUCGUGAAUCAUCAACAUCAACAUCAUUAAUUAGAAAUACCUUACCUAUUUGUAUUAGUACUCAUAAUAAUUUUAAUAGCCGGAAACCUGAAAUAACAAUCAUGGGUAUUGGUUCAUCUUCACCUACUCCACCUCCUUCAACCAACAUCCCCAUCAAUAAGAAGAAUUAUUCAAAAUCAACACCAUCCACUUCAUCACAGGUGUUAUUAUCAGUGAAAGAAAAAACAAUUUCAUUGCCACCACAGAAAACUAGUUUUACUUCGACGACAACAACAACAUUUAAACCACAAAAUGCAAAAUUCAAGGAAAUACCAAUGAAACCUUUGAGUGAGUUGAAGAAUAUGCUUUCUUAUUAUGAUGAUUUCGGAAGUCUUUAUUUCAACUCUAAUUUAAUCAAAGACUAUGCAAAGGAAAUAACAAUUUUAUUGACAUAUUCCAUACAUAAUGAAUACAUUUCUAAUAUCAAAGAUAACCUUGAUAAGGCACUUAUCAAGUUCUUAUCGAUGGAUGGACAUGCAAAAAACAAUAACGAUAUAGAAGAGUUUUUGGAUGAUUUCAAGUCACUUCAUUUACAAUGUUUCAAAAUUCAAAAAGCUACCGAGGAGAAACAAUCUGCAAAUUAUCUGCAUUUAUUCACACAAACAGUUGCUAAAAACCACGACAUGUCAAUAUCGGAUUUAAUUGGUUGUGUAAAGAAAUUUGCGGACGAAUUACCAAAAUAUACUGAGCUGCAUGCAAGAUCUAAGAAAAAGAGGAAAAUAGAUGUAGUGUCGGAUGAAAAAACAGAAUGUAUAACGAGGAUGAAUGAAUCCCUGACGAGGGCUGAAAAGUAUAUGAAAAAGUCCAAGACUGAAAUUACCGAUUAUGCAUCACAUUUACUGGAUGUUGCUCCUUCACCUACUGUUCAAUUUCAUACCCAUUCCACGGAAGAGUGUGACAAGUUUUUAUUUCCAUUCAGAGGGGAUGUAUUGGAAUUGGAUAAAUAUCAGUAUCCAACACUAUUUGAAUGGUCUCAAGAAACUAAAUUACAUAUGCAACAAGAUCUGAGUGGAAAAAUCUCCUCUUUUGGAGUACCUUCAAUAGAGAAGGGCAUGGAAUUUUGUGUGAGAUUUACAUGUGAACAACUUUCUCCAAAAGUAACUGGAAAACCUCUCCCUGUACAUUUACAAAAACUAUUGAAUUAUUUUGAUGAAAUUGAUUCUCUAUCUAAUACAAUAACAGACAAUGAAACUUCUAAGAAUACAAGACACAUUGCUGACGUUUCUGAUUUAAUUCUGCACGAUCCUGUGGAAAAUAAGAUGAAAUUAAUGCACCCCUACUACCAAUAUUACUACUAUCACUACUAUCUUUCACUUUACAACUCAUUUGAGAAUGAAAAACCAGAAUCAGAAGAGAAUCCAUUCCUGAGUAUGGCUCCUCCUAAAACAAAACCUCUCAAUCGUCCACUAUUUGGAAAGAGAGUAAGAAAUAUGAGAAAUGCUCAUCCUGACGAAACUCCCACACUCGAAUCUUUUCCCUCUUUUGAAUUUGGAUUUCCCUAUAAUUUAUCUAGGAAUAAUUUACAAACAGAUCAAGGACAUACUCACUAA